AUGUACGUUGUCGUCCCAGCAGGAGGGGGAGUCAGCCUGAAUGAGGGACUUCGAGCGUUUUGGAAAGGAAAUGCUGUGUCCUGUCUGCGCCUGUUUCCCUUCACUGCAGUUCACAUAACACUGUACAAACAGAUUGUUCAUCUUCACAUGGACGAAGCCGGCUUUAUUACCCAGUGGCAGGCCCUAUUUGCUGGUGGUCUGGCCGGUGUUGCAGCAGCCCUGACCACUUACCCCCUCGAGGUGGCAGAGACCAGGCUCAUAGCGCAGAACAGCAGAGAGCCGACAUAUUUUGGCAUACUUCAUACAAUCUCAAAGAUUUACAGAAAUGAAGGCUUACUGUCUCUCUAUCGAGGAUUCUCCCUGACAGUUCUAGGAGCAUUUCCAUUCUCUGUUGGCUGUUAUGCUGUUUACAUGAAUCUGGAUCAUCUAUGGCAGGAGCCACAGUUUCGUUUUACUCCUCUUCAGAACCUCAUCAACGGCUGUGUUGCAGCUGGAGUUGCUCAAACCCUUUCUUAUCCAUUUGAAACUGUAAAGCGUAAGAUGCAGGCGCAGAGUGCCCAGCUUCCCCAUGUUGGUGGUGUUGAUGUCCAUUUCAAUGGGAUGAUGAACUGUUUUGUUCAGAUUGUAAGAAACAAGGGUGUCUUUUCACUCUGGAAUGGCUUCACCGCAAGUACAGUUAAGAUUAUUCCCUACUUUUGUCUGCUAUUUACCUGCUUUGAGAUGUGCAAACAAGUUUUCCUUUACCGCAACGGCUACAUCAUCUCCCCACUGAGCUACGCACCUGCCCCCGGCGUUGACCAGAGUCUUGGACCUCAUGAGCUGGAGGAGGUGAAGCGCUACGGGAAAAGAAACUUUGGAUCAGAGGGGACUUCUUUACGGAAAUGUUGGUAA